CGCCUUUUCAAGAAAAUAGAUCGAUCUCUCUUUGCUUUGUCUUUGAACACUCUGUUGUCUUUCCAUUCUCUCCCAGUCGCUUUUUUUUAUUUUUAACGACUCUCUCUCCCUUCGAAUCUUUUUUAUUUAGUGAUUGCAUCUCUUUCAAUCAAUCGUCGGUCCUUGCUUUCAUCAAUUCACACACACAGACACACACAGACACACACAGACAGUCUUUCUACUAUCAGUAUCAUCGCAUCCAUUCCGGACUAGAAAAAAAAAGAAUACUCCAUCCAUUUUCCGAUUUUAUUUCUGUCAUUAAAUCUCUUUUUUAUUUUAUAUCAUAUCCAACCGACUUCAGCCUCGGCAUUUCCCAAUAUUUCCUUCUCUUGCUCCUUCGCUCCUUUCUUCUUCUCUCUCAAGAUACUUUGUAUCUUUAUUCUUAACAUCUAUUCACCAAGAAUAUCCACUUCUUCCUCUUUUCAACAAACUUCUCCAUUUUAAUUUAUUUACAAAAUGGCGAUGAUGGAGCAACAUGUAGCUAGUUCUUAUUUCCAGACCACACAUUCUCGAGUUGACUCGAAACUACAUUCCGACUUGUCUUCCGAAAAAGCGAUAGACGACUUUUCAUAUACACUUGCAAAGCCUGUCUCCCCCGGAGGACUUCGUCGCUGUGCCGCCACUCGAGAUUUAACAAGUAUAGGUUCGAAUGUUAACUAUUGCGCAAAGGUCUCGGUCGAUUAUAUGCUUGGCGAUGCCUCGACGCCUUUCCACGCUCCAUCAUGGAAACUGCUUGCUCCUAAUGGAAAGAGCAAUGAGAUCGUUGUUGACAAUCUCGAGACUGUUCGCCGUUUCAAGAAAAGUUUGUACAUGCAAUUAUGCUCUGUAGUAUCAGAGGAAGGAAUUCAAUGCGUGUCAGAAGAUACUUGGUCCGAGCUCUAUCUCUUUCGAAAACAAACAGACGGAUCGGGUGCAGUGACGCGGUAUGAGCCAAUUGAAGGCGAUCAGGAGGCAUUAUACAUGUUUGCACUCAAGGAUGGUGAUCAGAUUGUGUUGCUGAUCCACGAAAAUUAUGAAUAUGGACGAUCAGGAUCUGAGGUUGACUCAGUUGCGCGAUGGGUUGAGACGAUUCAGCAACAGACAGAGUUUGAAGCUGUUGAUGCCUAGGAGCCAUGUCUAUCCCAUACGCACAUGGGUAACAAGAACCGCAAAGCAUACAACCCCAUUUUAUUUUCUCGUCGACCCACUGUGUUUCAAUUAGCAUUGAGUAAUUUAGCUCGCAUUCAUUUCCUUGUAAAUAUAUGGCUGCU